CCAACUGUGUGUGACUUUAUUCUUCUUGUGUUCCACAAUUACCAUCUUCUACAUCAGCUUCAUCAAUCGACCUUCUUCUUGACGCUCGUUAUUCCCUUCUCCAUUUCCCCCCCUCUCUCCCUCUCUCUCUCCGCGGGCUGUUCGGAAUCUGUCCACGCGGCAUAAAUAAGGUCAUCGAAAUAUUCUCGCUGUUCACUCGACGUCUUGCCGCGCUACCGAUCUCUCUACUUCUCCCGUCGUCACCCUCCGUCACGUAUAUUAUAUUUACUGGGCUGACCCUCACGGCCUUUCUACGCUCAACAUCUCCCCCCCCGAACCACACCCAUAUAUCACAACGAUCACCCCACCUACAAUCUCAAGAUGCCUCUUGAACCAAGUGCUGUCAGAAGAAGACGCUCAAGUAGCCUGAUCUACACGGAGCCAGCAGAGUCAUUCGAGCAGCUGACCGACCAGUCCGCGCUCCCGAACCUCAAUUCCCAAUGGGUGAAUGCCAAAGGCGCCUGGGUCAUCCACUUUGUGCUCAUCUUCGUGCUCAAGAUCGUGUUCGACAUCAUGCCGUGGAUCUCGCAGGAGACGUCCUGGACGAUGACAAACAUCACGUACAUGUGCGGCUCGUACCUCAUGUUCCACUACGUGCGCGGCGUGCCCUUUGACUUCAACGCCGGCGCCUACGACAACCUCAACAUGUGGGAGCAGAUCGACAAUGGCGAGCAGUACACCCCCGCCAAGAAGUUCCUCCUCAGCGUCCCCAUCAUUCUCUUCCUCAUCAGCACCCACUACACCCACUACGACCUCUCGUACUUUGUCAUCAAUCUCGUCGCCACUCUGACCGUCGUCAUACCCAAGCUUCCGCAGUUCCACCGCCUGCGCAUAGGCCUCUUCACAGAUCCACCAGAGGAUCGCUGAUUGUUCUCACGUCAGGUUUUGGUAUCUGUUGGGCGUUGGGUCACUGUACAUUUAGUCGCUACACUACACUGCACACACACACACACACACACACACACACACACACACACACACACACACACACACACACACACACACACACACACACACACACACACACACAC